AUGGAGGACGAAGAGUAUCAAUUUGAGUCCAAUCUGGAGGAGGAAGAGGAUUAUGGAUUUGGGGAGAGUAGUGAUGAAUCGACCGAGGAAAUUGUCGAUUAUGAGGGAAUGAAAAAUGCGCUGGAGCUGUUUCAACAGUCCGAUAUCGCGAAGGAAGCACUGGAAAACGGAGUGGAUCUAGUCGAGUACGAGCAGAAAAUCGUGAGCGACCUCACUGCUGCUUCUCAGGCGUCGGUUGCGGAUUAUAUUGCUGAGAGUAGAGAUUAA